GCUCAGAACACAUGGUCUGACUUAAAUGUACAAGGAUCUCUACCUUGCAUUGGAUGGUUUAUUGUUACAUUUUGACAUUUUCCAUGUCAUACAGAGAUGCCAUAAUCCAGAAGAAAUAUCCUGUUUCAUAAGACUACAAUCAUGGGCAAAAGGAAGAAAUGCCUGCCUUUUAUUGCUUGUGUAUUGACAUGUAUUGGGAGCUAUGUCUUGUGUUCAGUUUCUGCCAAUCCCAGCCUCUGGGGAAAGAAGGUGGACUUCCAAGGUUUCGGGUCAUGCCACUGGCAGCUGAGCAAAACCUUUUCUAUGCCAUCUUUAGAGGAACUGAGUGUGUGUGUUGACCUCAGGGCAUGGAUUCGCACUGCAAGCUGGACUGCUUUUGUGUACAAUAAGCCGGGAGGACACAAAAUUGAGCUUGGCUUGGCUGGAAUAAGGGGCAAUUUGACGGCCUGGCUUUUUGGCGAGGAAUGGAUAAUUGCAAAAGACCUGCCAUUUCAGAGCUGGCACACGGUUUGCCUGACAUGGUCAAAUCGCAAUCGAGAAUUCCAGAUGAUUAUUAAUGGCACAGUUUACUUAAAUUCCAAGGUAGAUUACUUAAUGCCCAGUAGCCUGGCUCCGAAUGGUACUCUGACUUUGGGGGUAUCUCACAGAAUUAUUGGUGGAGUUAUGGAUUUUGAGACAGGAACAAAUUUCAUUGGGGAAAUGACGCUGUUCCGAAUGUGGGGAAUUGUGCUGACUCCCCAACAACUUAUUGAUUUGAAGUGUAUUAGUGGAAACGUUGCAACCUGGUCCAUGAAUAACUGGGAGUAUCACAGCUGUCCACCCACAACUGACCACAAGCUGAAGUGUGAAUGUCCAAAGUAUAGGAUAAAUAUGAAGAUAUCCAUUACACAAAAGAUUAAUUAUAAUCUAAAUGUCAGUGAGAUCAAGGGAAUCACAGAGCAGUGGCUGAAGAGCAUUUUCCCUCUGAACAUUUCUCUGAAUUAUGUGUUCAUAUCACAUCUCAGUCAACUCACCGAACAGAACGACAUUGAAAUUAAGGAGGGAAGAAAUGUGUUACCUAAAACAGAAUGGUUCAGCAGCUUGGUGUAUGUGACAGUGAGUCCUGCAGCUGCUGUAGAUGAGACUCAGGCUCUGCUAUGGACACUGUUAAUACCCACAUACAACCACAGUGAUCGCAUCAUCUUACAGACAGAUCUGGCCUCUUUAGGCAUCUUUCCACAAGUGACCAUUUUUGAUGACUCCAUGAACUCUACAGAAACAAGUAUUAUAAGCACUUUUUAUAGAGUUCAUAUGAACCUUACUAUGAACGGCUCUGUGGAGGACAUAGCUGAGGCCAUUCUACUCUGGCUUCAGCAAACAUUAGGAGGAAGCCACAGAAUAGAAGUUCUAAAUUUCAAGCUAAUCAGUAUUCCUAAGUAUAGCUGCACCUUCCAGGUCAAGGCUCCACCUUCAGUGAAUGUUACUGAAACUAGGAAAAUAAUUUUUGACCUCAUAACAAAAGGAUUUACCAAUAGUUCCAUCACAAUUAAUGUCUCAAAUGAUGAGAUCAGCAUCUUACACAUAGAGCCUGGGUUUUGUCCAGAGGAUACCACGCUAACAGUUUAUGGCCAGUAUAUAUGGCCCUCCACACCAGCUCAGGACAAAUGUUUGAUGAAGUGUGAGAAGGGACGUCAUGAUGCUGUAAGACUUUGUAAACUAGAUGACAGCACUGAAGAAGCAAUUUGGGAUCCACCAGACUUUUCCAAGUGUGAGAAAGUUUUGACAGACAUCAGUGAUUUAGAAAGUGUCACAGUUACAGCAAGCAAUUCGGCUGAUAUUGUGGACAUGAUUGAGAAUUUGCUGCAGAACCAGACAGACUUGAAUACAUCUCAGCUGAACACUCUGUUGCAGAAAUUGUCUGAUGUCGCACGUGUCUGUAUCAUGACCACUCAGUUGGCAAACGACAUUAUAAGCGUGGUUUCAGAUCUCUUUGUUUUCACAUCUUUUCUUGCUGAAGCCACGAAUAAAAUUCUCUCUAUUACUAACCAAGUAGGAAAUAGGAUGGAUUUCUCUGGAGACUAUCACAACACCACAGUUCCUUCAUUGGCAUUGCAGCUCAUCAAUCUAGAUCCAUUGCUUUUCCAAGGACUCACAUUUGGAGUGUCCUCGUUUCAGGCAGGCCUUCCUCCUGAGAUAUUUAUUAACCAGACCUUUGCUGAGCAGUCUGACAGUGGAACUGUGGUAUCCAUAUCCUUACCGGUUGCCCUGGAGACCUUCUUCCCCCAGAGCAAAAGAAGUCGUGUUCAGUUUCAUUUCUAUGGCAUAGAAACUCUAUUCCAGGACCAUAAUAGUAGCCUGGUGCUGAAUUCCUACGUGGUUUCUGCCAGUGUGACCAAUGCUAGUGUGAUUGACCUGAGGGACCCAGUUGUAAUCACUCUCCUUCAUCUUCAGCACAAAGAGGACCAUGACACGGUCCAGUGUGUCUACUGGAACUUAGAGAGGAAUGACGGAAAAGGUGGUUGGGAUGGUAAUGGAUGCCAGGUUAAAUAUAGCAACGCCAGUCAUACAUCUUGCCUCUGUUUUCACCUCACACAUUUUGGAGUGCUGCUGGAUAUAUCCAAAACACCAAUAAACCCCAAAGAUGAUAUGAUUCUCACAAUUAUUACAUACCUGGGCUGUGGCUUGUCCUCCCUCUUUCUAGGCAUCACCUUGUUGACUUAUAUGGCCUUUGAAAAGCUGCGGCGGGAUUACCCAUCUAAGAUUCUUAUCAACCUCGCAGGGGCCUUGCUGGGUCUCAACAUGCUCUUUCUGAUUAAUUCUUGGCUUGCUUCAUUUAACAACUAUGGCCUCUGUAUUGCUACGGCUGCCAUUCUUCACUACUUCUUCCUGGCCACAUUUACUUGGAUGGGAUUAGAGGCGAUCAACAUGUACCUGGCUUUUGUGAAAGUCUUUAAUGUCUAUGUUUCCUCCUACAUCCUUAAAUUUUGCACUCUUGGAUGGGGUUUACCUCUGAUAAUUGUCAGUGUAGUGCUUGCUGUGGAUAAAAACUGCUACGGUAGAACUCAUUCCCAAACACCAGCUGAAGAUUUCUCAUCUUUCUGCUGGUUACAGAAUGACAUGGCAUUCUAUGUGACGGUGGUGGCUUUCGUGGUGCUGAUCCUGAUCUGCAACAUCAGUGUGUUGGGUGUGGUACUGGUGCAGAUACGAGGCAUGCAGCUCAGUAAAGAAGGCCGGUGCAGCAGAAUGCUGCAUGAAAUGCGUGUAGUGGCCAGCCUCACCUUUCUGCUGGGUCUCACCUGGAUGCUGGCCUUCUUCACCUGGGGCCCGAUGCGAGUCCCUUUCCUCUACCUCUUCUCACUCCUCAAUACUCUUCAAGGCUUUUUUAUAUUUCUGUUCCACUGCCUCAUGAAAGAGAAUGUACGUAAGCAAUGGAGAAUUCACCUCUGUUGUGGAAGAUUUAAACUCAGUGGCUACUCAGACUGGAGUGGUUCAGUGAUGCUGGGUGGUAGAGCUAAGAGUGUAAAACUAGCUCACACCCCAUCUGAAACCACAAGUGAACAGAAGAUUUCCAGGAGCAGCCAGAAAGAUGAAAAUUAA